UCCGCCGCGGGUGGGAGAGGACGCAGCCAGCACGCGUGCGCGCUCCGUCGGUGCGGCUAGUCUGCGUGCGUGAGUGGGAGGUGGCAGGCCUCAGCCCCUGGCCUUCUUCGCUGACUGUUCCAGCGCGACGUUUCCAGCUAUGAACCGGUUUGGUACCCGGUUAAUGGGAGCCACCGCGACACCGCCGCCGCCGCCGAAAGCCCGCAGCAAUGAAAACCUGGACAAAAUUGAUAUGUCUUUGGAUGAUAUCAUCAAAUUGAAUCGAAAGGAAGGAAAGAAACAGAAUUUCCCAAGACUAAAUAGAAGACUCCAGCAAAGUGGUGCCCGGCAAUUCAGGAUGAGAGUAAGAUGGGGAAUUCAACAGAACUCUGGUUUUGGUAAGAAUAGUCUGAGCCGUAGAGGAAGAGUGAUGCCUGGAAAGAGACGUCCUUAUGGAGUUAUCACUGGCCUUGCAGCUAGGAAAGCAACUGGAAUUCGAAAAGGAAUUAGUCCUAUGAAUCGACCACCUCUAAGUGACAAGAAUAUAGAGCGAUAUUUUCCAGCGUUAAAAAGGAAGGCAAACCUUCUGAGACAAAAUGAAGUACAGAGAAAACCAGUUGCAGCUCUCAAGAGACCUAACCAGUUAAAUAGAAAAAAUAACAUUCCAGCCAAUUUUACCAGGAGUGGAAAUAAAUUAAGUCAUCAGAAAGACACUCGUCAGGCAACUUUUCUUUUCAGGAGAGGCCUGAAGGUUCAGGCCCAGUUGAACUCAGAACAACUGCUAGACGAUGUAGUAGCAAAGAGAACUCGUCAGUGGCGGACUUCCACCACAAAUGGAGGAAUUUUGACUGUAUCCAUUGAUAAUCCAGGAGCAGUGCAGUGCCCAGUAACUCAGAAACCACGAUUAACUCGUACUGCUGUGCCCUCAUUCUUGACAAAACGGGAGCAAUCUGAUGUAAAGAAAGUUCCUAAAGGUGUCCCCCUUCAAUUUGACAUAAAUAGUGUUGGAAAACAGACAGGGAUGACUUUAAAUGAGCGAUUUGGGAUCCUGAAGGAACAAAGAGCCACUCUCACUUUCAACAAAGGAGGAAGCCGCUUUGUAACUGUGGGAUAGGUCCCAUGUCAAAGGGACUUUUGAGUGAUGACUCUUUUAAAAAUCGAAUUCUUUGAAGAGUGCAUCACAGAAAUUCAAGAAACUUUAUUUCAAAAUAUUCACAAGGCUAAAUAACUCUUAUUUUUUAUUUUUGAAGUUGUUGUUUUUUUUUAACAUGUAUAAAUAAUGCCCUGAAAGAAAAACAGGGACUAUACCUAUAUGUUCUUAAAGAUUUCAUGGUUGGCCCAGACAGAACAAUUCUCUAUUUGACUUCUUUGGUUUCUCAUGCAGCAGAAAGAAGGCGGAAAGAUAGAAAUUGAUUAUUUUUAUGAUAGUGGUAUUUAGGAUCUCAUCACCUUUGCCCAUUGUUUCACACUUUGCCAUGGUAAAUCUUGGUCUUCAGGAUUUGAAGUAGGUCCCUUUGUUGCUGUCACUUAUUCUUUAAUAGUGUUGAUGUAAUAAGUGCAAUUGACUUUUCUUCAUUAGGGAUAUAAAAAAAUUAUUAGAAUUCCAGUUUGGGGGUUUAAGGUUUAUGGGAAUAUCUGAACUUGGUUCAUUUUUCAAAUGUUAGGUUAAUCCUCCAGAGUUUAAGGAUUAAGUAAAUUAAGGAUUAAGUAAAUCCUUAAUGCUGAACUUUUAACAAGAAAUGUGACUCUAGGCAUAGGCUCAGUUUAAAAUGUUAGUGUUUUUAGUGUUUGAAAGCUAUAAAUGGGUGUUUACAAGGUUAUCUGAUAGAGAGCCUCCUCUGAGGAAAGUCUAGUGUAAAAAUCUGAUAAUUUGUGUUUAGGAAAUGAAGAAAGCAUGAGAGGAAGUAGCAGGUGGAAGACAGGUAACUGAGGAGAAAAACUUUAAAACCUAGGUCACAGGUAUACUGUUUGGAUUUAGUGUAGUCUUGAGUCUAGUGUCCACAAAGAAUUCUUCAAAUGAUAUUUAUAAUUAUAAUUUUAAAAUGGAUUGAGUCCCUUAAAUAUUUUGAUAGUAAAAUUAGCCAUAAAGCCCUAGACUUCUUUUUAGAGAAGUUAAACUUUAAGUUUGCUAAAUUAAACAGUAUACAGCUCUAAAAAUAAAAAUGUAUAUGUCACCAGGUAAAAAGUGCAAAAUGAUAAUAGAGUUACAUUAUAACCUUGUUUUGUACCUUUGCUUCUGAUUUCUUGUAUAAAGUUCAGGUAUUUAGGGUGAGAAGAGGGUUUUCCCCCCACACUCUGGAGGGUUAGGAGGAGUUAGUUCGUUGUGCCAAGCUAGUGCUAAACGUCCUUAGAUGGUUGUAAAUUAUAAGUUAGGGUAUAAUGCCAAAACGCAGCAAAAUAGACUACACGUUACAAGUUUGGUCAUUUUGAAGCUUAACUUUUUGGUUUGCUAUAAUGUUGAAACCUCUAAGUAGGUGUUAGUUUCCAAACAGUGUAUUAUUAGUGUUGAUUUUCCCUGUUAAAAAAACACGAAACAUUAAGUCAUGGCUCCUGCCUGCUUUGCGGUGUGUACUAGACUUCAUUGUUGUCUCUCAUGCUCCUUGGGUUACUUGGUUUAUGCUAGCCACGGAAAGCUAUCAAUAACAGUUUCCUGCUUAUACCAAAGAAUUAAAUCUGAUCCUUAAUAUCUGGUAUUUUGCUUGUAAGUCUACUGAUAAGGGAUUAUUGGAAGCCAGUCAUACAAUUUGAAAGUAAACUGUAGUCUCUCCAUAGGCUGAGGACUCAGUGCAAAACGUUUUUGCAAAUAUGAAUGCUUAGAUUCGAUCUAUGAACAAUACAUUUUAGACUGGUUGAGAAUUACUGGUAACUUAUUUUGAAGCAAAGGAAAAACAACUGAGCACGAGUUUGCUGUCUUUAGAACAGUUUGUGAAAAUAUGGUAUAAAGAUGUUUUCGUUUUCUUGUUAUUUUAAAUAUUAUUGUACAGAGCUAUUAUUAAUGCCUUUUUUUAAUCUUAAAAAUUGCCCCAAAUAUUGAUAUUAAGUGUAUCAAACAAAGUGUCUUUGGUAUAUUAAACUUUUGCUCUUCAUGCAUCUGUAAUUCAUUUUCUUUUUAAAUACAGAAUCUUGCCUUUGUUACAGCCAAAUUAAAAUUCUUGAGUGCUAACAUGUUGUAUGUAAACAAAAGAAUAUGCUUUUUUGGAGGAAAAUUUUCCCUUCUUGGAAUGUGGUUAUAAUUAUCCUUUUUCAGUUCUUAAAGCUUUUUUUUGUUUUUUUAACAGGAUGCAACUUAAAUUUCCCUUUGCAUCAAGGUGUAUCCAAAACAUUGAUGCAGUGCAUCACAAAAUGAAAGUUUAUAUUUAAUAAGGAGAUGCUUUACACUGUACUUUUUGGCAUUUUUUGGAAAAGUUGCAUUUAGAUUUAUUCUGAAGCUGUUCAUUUUUAACAAAUAAAAUAUUACAGGUCUUA